AAUUUAAUUGAUUUAAGACACAGGGAACAAAUUGAGAUCAAACAAAUCCCUUCUGUUAAGACCUCUAUAAAAACUGUGAUGUAAGGUGGAGCAGGGCCUCUAGGAAGCAGGAUGACACGGAACAAGCCAAGCAGAGAAGGAGAGGGAGCAAGAGAGGAGAGCGUAAGGGUGGAGAAAAGGAAGAGAGAAUCUUGCUGAAAAGAAGCAUUUUUGUUGGAUGGGAGAAAAACAACCAUGGAAACUCCAUCUGAAGAAAACCAAAAGCAGUGGCAAGACAAAAGAGGGUGCUUCGAGUGCUGCAUCAAGUGUUUAGGUGGGGUGCCGUACGCGUCACUGGUGGCUACUAUCCUCUGCUUCUCUGGGGUGGCCCUGUUCUGUGGAUGUGGCCAUGUGGCUCUCACUGGCACAGUCACCAUCCUGGAAACUCACUUCUCCAAGGUGACCAGUGAUCACGCCAUGCUGACUGACAUUAUACAGCUGAUGCAGUAUGUCAUCUAUGGCAUCGCCUCCUUCUUCUUCUUGUACGGGAUCAUUCUGCUUGCUGAGGGCUUCUACACCACCAGUGCCGUCAAAGAACUGCACAGCGAGUUCAAGACCACCAUCUGUGGACGCUGCAUCAGUGGAAUGUUUGUUUUCCUCACAUACAUCCUGGGUGUGGCCUGGCUCGGUGUGUUCGGCUUCUCCGCCGUGCCGGUCUUCCUUUUCUACAACAUGUGGUCCACCUGUGCCACCAUGAAGUCCCCCAUGGCCAACCUCACCAACAUUGACUCUAUCUGUGUGGAUGUUCGUCAGUAUGGAAUCAUCCCUUGGAAUGCCACACCAGGCAAGGCGUGUGGAUCUACGCUAGGCGACAUCUGCAACACCAGUGACUUCUACCUGUCUUAUCACCUGUACAUUGUGGCGUGCGCUGGGGCUGGAGCCACUGUGAUUGCUCUGCUGAUCUACAUGAUGGCUACCACUUAUAACUUUGCUGUUUUGAAGUUUAAGAGUCGAGAAGACUGCUGCACUAAGUUUUAAACUGUUUUCAAAGGCGCAGCACUAGAUUUGAGGCUGCACUGAGUAAAGACAGUUUACCACUGACAACAAAUGAACUAAAAAGAUGAGACUAGAAAAAAAAAAAUCAACAUCUCUUGAUUAGUGUAAAUAGCUGAUUGUAUGCUUCCUUUAGCAUUUGGUAUCCAGGGAUAUUGCUGAUGAAGGUUGUCUUCAGAUUGGGGUGGUGUUUGGUUUGUUCUGCUUUCCUUCGCACUCAGUUUUAGAAAUGUGUCACCAUCAGCUUUUAUGGAAAUGUGCACUGCUCUGCUAGAAAUCCACAAAAGUGUUAUUUAUAUUCUUAAUGUGUGAGGCCCAUUUUGGCCUGCACAGACGCAUACAUUGCGUUAGUAUUUCAGAUUUAAAACAAACAGUAUUAAGCAUGCAGUCUGCCACACUGUAUAAGAGGACGAGCAUCAGUCUGCAGUCGGAGCUGAAAUGCGAUUUUGUACACUGAAUCAUAAAUGUAAGAUGCUUGUGCAGGUUGCAACUUUAAAUUCAGGUUGCAACUUUCAAUUCAAAUGAGAAUAUUAAAGCAAGCAAAAACACAGCACCAAGCCUCCAGAUGUACAGUAUUAAGCUCUCAAACUAGUGGGCAUCUCGUGGCAAAUAGAAAAGGUGUUCUCAGGCUUUACAUUUUGAUCGCCACAUCAGCAUUUUUGGUCUGGAUGAAUUCUAGUCAAACAUUCAUAAAAAAAAGGCUAGCUACAGUUGCUAAGUGCCUUCUUUCUUUAGCCUUAAUAUUUUGGUACCAACCCACAAAAACCACCAAGUGUUACAAUGAAAAUAUUCAGUAUUAUAUAUAUUUUGUCAUAAGUUAACUAAAACAAACUAAAAGCCUUUCAUCAACACUGUAUUAUGCUGGUGAGUAUUAUGAUGAGCAGUGGUGUUAAUUGUAGAUUUCAGAGUAACUGCACAUACAUAGGACAGCACAUUCUAAAAAGGUUAGGCCAGUAUGAGGGGUUUCCUUCUGCAUGAGGCCCUGAGGCUCACUUUGAUUUCAUGUAUAUUAUAAAAAGGAAAUACGAAACUCUCCUCUUUUUAGUGUAGAUUAAAUGUUUUUUUUUAUGAGGGUUGACACUGCUAUAGCCUCGGCCAUGAAGUUGUUCUGUCCCAUACUGUUUCCUUUGAUUCUUUCUCAAAAUGCCGUUAAAGAGCCAUUUGUUGUUACCUUAACACUGAGCCUGCAUGCUUCCACCUUGCAGAUUCUCUGAUCUGUUUAGAGUUACUUAUACUCCAUAUUACAUUAUAUUUAAUUUUUCCUCUAAGUUUUUUUCAAGACUGUAGCUUUUACUUUCAUUAUUAAAUAAACAAUCUUUGUUUACAAAAGUA